UAUCCUUAUCUUGGAACAUUAUUUCUUGCAGUGUACCAUCAUAAAUAUUACAGUAGCAAAUCCAGUACAUAUAAACCAAUUAAUACUCCAUUUUCUAUCCAGUAUGGCACUGGCAGUUUAACUGGAUUCCUAUCUUCUGAUGUAGUAAAUGUUGCCGGCCUCCCUAUUAAAGAUCAAGGAUUCGCAGAAGCCGUCGAGCAGCCAGGUGAUACGUUUGUUUAUUCAGAGUUUGACGGUAUCUUGGGCAUGGGUUAUCCCGAAAUAUCCGAGGAUGGAGUGACGCCUGUCUUCGUAAACAUGGUUAAUCAACACUUAGUAGAACAACCUAUUUUUAGCUUCUAUCUGAGUCGAGACUCUUCAGCCGAGAAAAGUGAACUGAUAUUGGGUGGUUCUGAUCCCAAUCAUUAUGAGGGUAACUUCACAUACGUUCCUGUUACUCAGAAAGGAUACUGGCAAUUUACUAUGGAUAGUGUCUCGAUAAGUGGUUACCAGAUAACUGAAAACACCCAAGCUAUUGCUGACACAGGUACUUCUUUAUUAGUUGGACCAGAUAAUCACAUUGCUCUUAUGAACGAAUUAAUUGAAGCUGACGAGAAUGGAUUUGUGAAUUGUGAUAGUGUUGACGAAAUGCCUGCAAUUAGUUUCGUUCUGAGUGGUGUGCCACACUAUCUUUUCCCUCACGAUUAUAUUCUUCGAGAUGUAGAGUAUGACCAGCAGAUAUGUUACAGCGGCUUUCAAUCAAGCGGAUCUGAUUCAUCUGAAUCAUCUGAGGCGUCAGGUCCGGCAUGGAUUCUUGGUGAUGUAUUUUUGCGUCCUUUUUAUAGCGAGUAUGAUAUGGGAAAUAAUCGAGUGGGAUUCGCUCAUUCGAAAUAAAAGCUGAUCGUUUUGAAAACGACUAAUUUGCUAUAUAUAUAUAAAU